GGGGGCGAAAGGCGCAAUUCCGCGUCUCCGGGAGGAGAGGCCACGGUCACCCGCGCGGAGGACCAUCUCUGGCACCAGACCCAAGCCGGUUCUCUCCGGUGUCUACGCACAGGCGGCCGCGCGUGCCCACGCGCACACAUUCCCGCCUCCGCGCGCAACUCCCACGCCCCGGGCCCUGUGUCAGCCAGGCGCCAGAUCCGCCUCCCCUGGCGGGACCGAGAGGGUCCUCGGCGGCGUCUUUAAGGCCGCGGUCCCCGCCCCUCCCUCUUCCCCGCCCUCCCCCGCCCGUCCUCCUCGGUGUCGCCGCGGCUCCUCCCGACCUCCCCACGAGCGGGGCUGCCGGGCGUGCGCGGCGCGCGGAGCAGGUGCGGCCGAGCCCCUCGCAUGCCGCUGCCCCGCCGGAGGUGCUAGCGGCGCCGGGCGCGCUCCGCCCGCCCCUCCUCCGGGCCGCACUCGGGCUCCGGCGCGCGCGGGGACAUGUCGGUGGCGACGGGCAGCAGCGAGGCGGCCGGUGGGGCCGGCGGCAGCGGCGCGCGGGUUUUCUUCCAGAGCCCCCGGGGCGGCGCCGGCGGCAGCCCGGGCUCGAGCAGUGGCUCAGGCUCCUCCCGUGAGGACUCGGCGCCCGUGGCCACGGUGGCCACGGUGGCCACGGCGGGGCAGGUUCAGCAGCAGCAGCGGCGCCACCAGCAGGGAAAAGUGACAGUGAAAUACGAUCGCAAGGAGCUUCGGAAGCGGCUGGUGCUGGAGGAGUGGAUCGUAGAGCAGCUGGGUCAGCUGUACGGAUGCGAGGAAGAAGAAAUGCCAGAAGUAGAAAUUGACAUUGAUGAUCUUCUUGAUGCAGACAGUGAAGAAGAGAGAGCUUUAAAAUUACGGGAAGCUCUUGUAGACUGCUACAAACCAACAGAGGAAUUUAUCCAGGAGCUGCUCUCUCGGAUAAGAGGCAUGAGGAAACUGAGCCCUCCGCAGAAGAAGACUGUAUAAUUCUGGCACAGGAUGGAACUCUCCCAGAGACGAAGAAGGGUCCUGGGAUUUGGGCUUCAUGAAGACAUUUAUUAAAGCAUAGUUGCCCUUAUGAGAAACUUUUUUGGGGGGGGGUUGUCUAUUAGACAUUUAUUCAAGAGUGUUCCUUUUUUGUUUUGGGAGUUUUUGUUAGUGUAAUAUUUUAAGAGCAAGAACAUCACGACUCUGGUUUCAGCCCAACCAGGGGUUAUCAAACCAGGCAGACAUGCAGGAAUGGGCUGAUCCGGGCAGCAUUUUCUUUGAGAAAUUGCAGGUUUAGGACCUAACUAUACAGGGAUGAUGGUUUUCUUACAACUAGUUUGGUAAUACUUUUUCUUAAGUUGUACGAUUGUCUCAGAUGUCGAAUUUCUCGUACAUAUAUAUAUCUACACACAACCAAGUUAAAAUGUAGAUGUGAGUUUUAUUUCACAUUGAUGGAAUAAACUUGUGGUUGUCCUUUAAUUGGAGGUCACAGCACAUGGGUUUUCAAGAGGUCACUAGAUAUUCUUCAUGUCAUGUGACUGCUGCUGACCUUCAGCGUUCACUUUAUGCACCAAAGUGAAAGAAUUUAGUGUAUCCGUUAUUUUAAUGAGCUACGCCACAAAAAGUUGAGUUGGUCAAGGGCUUAAUUCAUGGACUUUAUAUUAUUUCAUUAAUUGGGAUGCUUUGCCAGGUCAUGUAUUUUUUGCCUCGUUCGUGGUAUUUUAAAGUUUUAUGAACCCUUCAUUUGAAGAACUGUUUAGAUUUCUAGAGAAAUGCCCAUGCCAAGUGGUGUUUUGCAAUGGAAAAAGGAAGCACUGUGUAGCAAUUAACUCUCUGCUUUCAACCAAAUACUGUGUAUUCUUCUCUCUCCAUGAAAGCAGGUCAGAAGGAAGUUAGCAAAUCACGUAUCUUCCUCCUUAGAUGUAGAUCUGGUCACUUCCGUGCCUGGGCAGCAUUAGACCAGAGCGGGUGAACUGAAGGUUGAAGACUGUAGAGGUGAGAAAGGCUCACCUGCUUUCAAGAAAGUUGAUACAGGAGCAUUGGCCGCUUUGGAACGGUGGUGGAGAUUGCAUUUCUGGCUCCUCUCUAUGGCAUGUGCUGAGGAUUCUGGCUCUUGGCCCCAAUUACGCACCCUGGUGUCCUUGCUUGGAGCUAGGCGUGGGGCGCCUGCCCCGCGCCUCCCGGUGAUAUAUCAGCUCCUUGGAGAACGAUCAAAAUUCAGACGGCUGUGGGCUGGGUGAAAGGUCAGAGCAGAAACUCUUCCUUUCCCCAGGGAGGCCUCCACCGCCUCCCCACAGAAACCCCACCUACUGUAAGGCGUCUCUAGGCGGCCCUGUCAGAGGACAGGAGUCAGACAUUUUAUAUCAAGGGUGCUCUGAACAUAUUUUAUUUUUUAAAAGAACUAUGUUUGUGAAUUUUAUGUAUACUGGCAAGCUUUUGAAAAUGUAUUUAAUUUUGUAAUGUUUACCAAUGAUUUAUUUACAAGCUAUACUCAAAUAAAUGGAGCUGCUUACAA